UCCCAUCAUUCAAUACCAAUUCGUUGCAAUUCCCUUCACAGUUCAAUCAGCAUUCCCCUGAAGGCGCUCGUUAUUGAGAUAUUGGGCCCUUAUGGUAUCUCGUACACAUUCCGACGAUCAAAAUGGCGGCCGCCGGAACCCGGACUCUCGAAUUCACGAUCCUCUCAGCAGAGGAUUCCGCCUCGAGGGGAGACCCGUCGAGAAGAACGAGUUCGCCGUCGUGAAAACCGACCCAUUCUUCAAUUCCGGGUCGACCAGGGCGGAUUCCGACAGCGGGAGCUACCCUCAGUGGAAGGAGAAGGUUGUCGUCGAGAUGCCAAUGCCGCCGGCCAAUUCGGUGACGUUGGAAGUCCGAUCUGAAACAGAGUGGUCGGAGCGGCAUUUCAAGUUUUUGUGAUAAUUUUUUUUUCAUUUUUUAUAAUUAUAAUUUUUUUAUAAUGAUGUGUAAUUUCUAAAAGUUUAAUUUUUAUUUUUUAAUUAUUUUUUAUUUGCCACGUCACACAUUUAACGGUCAACUGUCAGAGUUGACCGUCACGUCAGUCAAAGUUAACGGAGGUUAACGGAGAGUGACCGAACUUGAACUGUUCAACUAAUUCGAGUGACUAUAAAUGGAAUAAAUUAAU